GAAGAUAAUUUGUGUAACGGAAUAACAACAAAUACUCAACACGCCUCUGAAAUUCUGAAAAACAAGUAGUGUUUCGGAGGAGUACAAACCGCAUGUACUCAUAAUAAUACAGGCAGGAGCAGGCGCCUGCUGUCUGCGGCCGGACCGUCGAUCCAUCAUACACGACUGACUUAUUUUCUAAAUCAGAAACAGAAAGAAUAACGAUCAUGAAUCACGCCUUAUCCAGAACAGCCGGUAGCCUGCUUUCAGGUCUCGCCGGCCGAGCUCCAGGGUCUUCCGGUUCGCAGCGCGUCGUCCUAACCCAGGCAGUACCACGGCUAAAUCCUACCGCAUCGUCGGGGCAGCAGAUUAUGAGCACUGUUCUAUAUCACAUUCAGUCUUACUUAUACUUUUUGCAUCUUCAGGGGUGAAGGUAAAUUUAUUUUGGAACAAGGAUGUCAUGAUUUAAGCUCUAAGUACCCAACGAGGCGAGAUUUCCGAACGUCCAGGCCAUGUCGAGUUUUCUACGACAAAAUGAUUUCCUCUUUCCAUCGACCGGGUAUGCCAUCGACAUUUAAAGUGACCUCAGACCGACCGUGGUAUCCAAGGCGAAUUCUGGAGUAUGAGGUGAGGAGUUAUUGACUUCUGACGAUGGUGAUACGAAGACUUUUCAAUAUGAAUCAGGAAUCGGACACUAACACUAUAGAGUACUUACCUGCUUCGCGACUUAGCAUCAUCCACCUAGCGAUGAAUGUUGUUCAUCUUCAUCACUUAUCAUCAUGUUGUACCCAACCACAGGUCAUGCCACGUGACGAAUUUGGCGUUCCGGCACACAUCCCACCAGAUGUGAGCACCACGAUCCAACAUACGUAGUUUUCUCAUUGUUGUUUUCUCAUUGUUUUCUCAUUUUGAUUCAAAUCAUCACAUGAUAUGUUAUGAAAAACUUGGCGUGGCGGUCCGGCUUCUAACUAAACUGCUGAAUUUUGCCAAGAACUAACUCUUCUUAUAGGUUGUCCUCAUAUAUGGAGUGCGAUUUUUGAUUCAAAUCAUCACAUAAUAUGUUAUGUUAUGAAACAUUUGGCGUGGCGGUCCGGCUUCUAACUAAACUGCUGAAUUUUGCCAAGAACUAACUCUGCGCCUUGGAGGCGCUCCGGACCUUAAGGUAGUCCUUAGGCUGGCUCCUAUUGUCUUGCACCUGAUGCGUGGUGCGUGGAGUACUGUAGUGAACAGCCCACCAAACCCCGGGCUCACCUUGCCCCCGCUAUUAUUAUUAUGUUAUGAAAAAUUUCUCCACAACAAGCAGGUACCAUGUGCCACCAGAGUACUUUCCGUUUUUGAAGAAGAUGGGCGACGACACUCCGUCAUUAAAGCCAUGGAUGGAAAAAUUGAUAAAAGGUACACUACCCACCUUUCUACUAGGUGCUAUAAUGUCAUUGAUAAGUGAAAGGGUCUAACUGCUAUAAUGUCAUCAUUAAGUCGGGAAAGUGCCUAGGUGAUAGAAAAGUCAUGUUCUUUCACUAAGUAGUCUGUCACCACGAGGAUGUUAACCUCAGGUAAAAUGACAUUUGCCGACUACGAGGAGAUGUUUUAUCGGCAUGCUAAGCCUCUUCGUGUGCAUCGAACCAAGCUGCCCUUGCCGUAUAGAACAUUAAGGCUACUGGAGAACCCCGUCUCAUCUCUUCAAUCAAAAUAGAUACUGGGUUAGGAAAGGGUUGCUGGGAUCGAGUUAAUAUUUUUGAAAGCUUCACCUGGACAUAAUGGUAGUAGUAGCUGCGUCUGCGGCAUUUGUCUUUAUAGUUUAGAACGAAGUGCGUGGAGGUGCUCGUACGAAAAAUGUAACGGGACCGACCCUCUAGAAUCGUUUUUAACAACCUACUUACUACCUAGAGUUUUUACUUACUACUACUACAAACCUCCCUCCUCUUCCUCCUCCCGCUCCUCUAAUCUCAGAAGAAGAGAUCUCGCGGAACAAAGAAGUGGAAUGGGAGAGCAAAUGGUUGUCCUUUCGUCAGCGAGUUCGAGCCGAGUACUACAUCCGUGCCCUCUAUCGAGAUUGGGUCUUGGCAAUGGUCAUCGGUACAAACCUAUAAUUGUUGCUUCAUCGAGGGUAGUUGGGUCUUGGCAAUGGUCAUCGGUACAGGCGUACUAUUCUACUUGUUGCCUCGAGAUUGGAUGAUGGCACUCGUCAUCUGUAUAUUCUUUCUGUUGCUUUAUAGUACCAGUUUUUUAUAUCCUUCAUCUUGACCAAAUGAUCUUCGUGUCCUGACUUCUCCAUGUGUUUUGUGCUAUUGUCGGCGUUGCGACUAUGUUGCGUCUAGCCUUGUUGUAGUAGCAAGUUUACUAGCUACAUUAAAAGAAACUAAUAUCCACCUUUUGUGCCUUUCAGAUUGUGUAUCGACGUUAGAGGGACCACGCGUAGGCGUGUCUAUUUUUGAUAAUCGAGAUGCAUUUAGUCACAACACAGUUUGAUUUCCACCUCUUUUCUCCAGCUCUGUGGAUCUGCCAGAUCGUCGGAACACAGCAGGCAUUCUACUGCGAGGAUAUGAAGCUCUUCUACUUGGAAGCGCCGGAGCACAAGGUCAAUUGGGUCGUACCAAGGGGAGACCUCUAA